AUGAAUUUGCAGUCCUAGGAAGAAGAUAUUAACAACCAUCGUUUAGACAUCGAAAUGGGUGAGGUUCAGCCUGACCUUAAUCAAAGUCUGCUUGAUCUAGGUAAUCCUGUAAAUGAUGAGGUCUAUGAUUAUCGUUAAGAUUAUCAAUCAGAUAGAAAAAAGUAAAUUCAAGAAAAGUUUCAACAUCAUACCAAAUCAAAACUGAGAGAGAGAGCAUUCAAGCUUAGAAUGUAAAAUGAGUGUGAGCUAUCUGAUGCCAAGAUGAAAGUAUUAAAUUCCUGUGAAGAUACAGAUGGGGACUUUGCAUAUUUCAUGUAUCCUAAUGACCCAGCUGAAGUGAAUGGUCCUGGAUUAGUUUAACAAUACAUACAAAGCUAUCAUACCUCAAGACUAUAUCUCUACCCUGAAAUAUAUGGAACAUCAUUUGGUUAGAGCAUAAAAGAAAAAAAUAAACCUUCCAAAGGGUGGGCACAUGAAUACAAAAUUAAAUAUGAUCAAGAAAUUCCUAGAGAUUAUAGACUCAUGAGAGAUCCACCUUCUGUUUUUAAUUGUUCUUAAUGUGGAGAAAAAUAUCAAUAACAUUAAUUGUGCUAGGCAGAAAUGGCAAGUGGUAAAAUUUUAUAGAAAACUCAAUAUCGUCCUCUAAUUUAAAGUGGUCAAACAUAUAAUCUAAAGUGUCCAGAAGGCUCAUGCAGUUAAGUUAUCCCAUUAGAGAUAAUAUAAGAGUUGAUGAGUAAUAAUAUGCUUGAUAAAUUAAAGAGACUUUAGCUCAAUGUCGAGGUUAGCAAAUCCAACAAUAAGAAAUUUUGUCCCAUCCCUGAUUGUGAGAAUAUAUUGGAGGGAAAGUAUGACACUACCAAAAUUAAAUGCUCAAAGUGUAAAAAUGAAGUUUGCUAUAAGUGCCAAAUAAAAUGGCAUCAAGGACAGACCUGCAAAUAAGCUCAAACAGAAUUAUACAAGGAUUGGGCGAAUGAAAUUGGUGCUCAUAAAUGUCCUUAGUGUCAAGCUCCAGUUGAAAAGAAUGCAGGAUGCCCUCAUAUGAGAUGUACAAUAUGCAAUCAUUCAUGGUGUUGGGGUUGUGGUUAAUCUACUGAACAUUGGACUCAUCUAUUUCCUAUCAUGUGCUAAUAUGCACCUAACACAAAAAAAAGAGCAAUUGUCUAUUUUAUCUUUUUCAUCUUAGGACUAUUACUAAUUCCCAUUUUCACUCUCGUAACUGCAUGUAUUGCAUCACUAUAUGGAGGCUGUGGAAGUUGUGUUGGUUGUAUGUAUCUUUCCACAAAAUGUAAUAAGAUCUUUGCCAUUUUUAUGUGUCCUUUUGCUAUUGCCUUAUUUGUUAUUACAACAGCAGUCUUCAUAUCCUUGACAACUUUAGUUGCUGUAUUAUCUAUUAUACCACUCUAUAUACUUCAUAUUUACUUAUUUGUACGGGCUAUGAUUUGGUGGUGUAGACCUAGGGUAAAUGAAAAAGCAUAGUAAUAAAAUUAGAAGAAAUAAUAAACCUCAAAUGAAAUUAUGUUGGUCAAAACUUGA